UUUUUCGCAUGCGUCUAGUUUUUAUAUUUUAAUGCAGGUAACAUACUGGGAAGUUUUAGUCGUUAUUUGUAUAAUCGUAUCAUUGUGUUAUAGCUUUAUAAAACUGAUUCGCAUGGGGUCAUCACCGGGUGAUUCCCUUGCAACGAUUUUGCUAAGUUUAGAUGCAUCAAGGGGAACCCCCUAUGCCAUGCCGUUAGAAUUCAGCUUCUUAGUAUGCAUUUUAGCAAAAUAUUGUUGACUUUUGUGGGGUCCUAAGAACCUAAAGUACCGAACGGACUCAUCUGAGAUAGACUCACAAGGUGCGGCCAUACGAAACACUUAAUUUUUGUCUGAACCUUCAAAUUUAGUUCACUCUCGGGGUUUUCCACUAUCAAAGGGGAAAACCUGGCCUUAUUUUAGGGGAACUAGUGCUGAAGUGCAUGCGUUGGGUUUAUACUUUGAUUGGUAUGAUUCCUUAUCCAUCCGGAUGAACUGUAUUUUCGACACGGUUGAAUCGAUCUAAUCUCUGUACGAAUCGUCGGGUCAUUGCGUUUACCCUUGUCAUUUGGAGCCUCGCUUUGAUCUUGUCUUACCACAAAUUGACCAAUCAGCAUGCCAGCUGGCAGGGAAUCUCCAGGCUUUUCCUUUGUGAAGAGAGCUGUGAAAUUCAACGCUUGUACUUUUGUUUAUAGCUUAAAUAUGACAUGGAGUCUGGAGAGAUUAAAAAAGAUCGGGGAAGUCGAGCACUGGCUGAAGAACAAACAACCGAACCUGAUUUUGACGUAGAGGUCAAAGACGGCAGAUCAGACAGGGAUGCAAAGAAGUGGUCAGUAAACAAACCCCCAUCUGACAAAAGCAGUGAAGAACAAGAAGUCAAAAUGUCUCUAAAACGUAAAUUAGGAGGUGAAAAAUCUCAGCAAAGUCCAGAGAAAAAGACCAAGAUAAAAGAUGACAAAAAGAUAGAUGAAGAUGAGGCCUCUGAUAAAGAUGACGUUGCAGAGCCUGAGCUCGUUGAUGGUGAUGAGAAUGUAGAUCUGCCAGUGACAGUCGUACAUAAAGGGGAAGGGAUGAGAGAGAAAGAAGAAAAACAGCAGCAAAGUGAUGAUGCCUGGGAAACUGAGGAGCUGACAGAGGAAAAAGAGGAAGCAGAUACACUUCUUUGUGAGGAUGAAAAUGCAUUGGCUAAAAGGGGUGCUGGUGAAACAAAAACUGGAUGUGGUGGGGACUUAAAUGUGAGCAAAGAGACAACAGAGAUGCCUACGGUAGAGAAGGAUGGAGAAACAGAUACCAACAACUCUGGAGAGGACGAUGUGGAAGACCUCUCACUGAACAAUAAAUCAAAGAGUGGAGAGAGACUGCCUAAAGAUAAGGAUACAGAUGUUCCAGAAGACAAAGAGCAUACUCUUCCAGUGUCAAAAUCAGUCGCAAGUGAAGGAAAAUCUGAAAACAGCAAGGACAUGCCGGAAGAAUCUCAGUCAGUCAAGUCGGAUGGCAGCAGUGAUAAAGAAAAUGUUAACUGCGAGGUACCCAUGGACCUCAGCAACAGUGGCACACCAGAUGCUGAUGUUAUCAUGCUUUCAGAUGAAGAUGAGCCACUUCAAGGGUCAAAGCGACCUAAAGAAGAGCCCAGGAAAUAUUUUCAGCGAGUCAAACGGCUGCAGGCAGAGCUGAGAAAUGAAGAAGCCAAACUGGUGUUGCUGAAGAAACUUCGUCAGAGUCAGCUUGCUCCUCAGAUACAGGAGCAUCCACCUGUGGUUGGGUCAGGCACCACCCCAAACAGCAGCCAGCUCAAACCCAGCAUUCCUCGUCAACAAGGGGGACCACCUCCACUUGUCAAAGGGGGGCAGAUUCAGGGAAGGAGCUCUGGAAUGCAUCUUCCGCAACAACAGCAGCCGCCACAGCAACAGCAGCACAGUCGCUCUGCUGUACAAGGUCAAAGUCGAAAUGUUCAAGGGCCUCCACCUCUUAUUGGUGCGUCCCGUUCUAACACCAGUGCCAGCAAUGGCCAUGGUCUGCAAAAUAUAACUAGCAUUCGUGGCUUGAUGCCAGGCAUCAGCCAGAUUACCCCCUCCUCCCACCGUAGUCUCCAGCAGCAACAGCAGCCGCAAGCAUCAACUCCUCCCCAGCCAGCAGGUGACAACACCCAGACACCAGCUCAACGACAGGCAGCAGCUAAACUAGCGCUCAGAAAGCAGUUAGAGAAAACCUUGCUGCAGAUCCCACCUCCUAAACCCCCAGCACCUGAAAUGAAUUUCAUUCCCUCAUUGGCCUGCCCAGACUUUGUCCUGCUUCUGGGGCUUGAGGAGGUUGUCAAUCAUAUAGUGGAUUUGCAGCUGAUUGCCCGUGGGCAGAAGUCAGCUGACGAGAAGUUCAUCUGCAACCCAUUCACUUGUGUGCAAUGUGGCACCGAUUACACUCCAGUGUGGAAGCGCGAGAAGCCAGGGUCGAAGAACGUGAUCUGUGAGCACUGUGUGACGUGGAACCAGAAGCGGGCGCUGAAGCAGGAGCACACCAAUCGCCUCAAGAGUGCCUUUGUCAAGGCUUUACAGCAGGAACAAGAAAUUGAACGCAUGCAGGCUCACUGCCUGACCUCUCCUUCUCCCCCAAUGCCCUCAGCCACUCCCCCUGCUCCGCCUCUUGUCACUGCCCCUCCCCAAGCUUUGGCUGCAGCAGCUAACUCUGUGGCAGCAGUAGCCUCAAUAAGCCUCAGUCCAGCCUCAUUUCGUACAAGUGCAGAACAGGCAAGGCAGCAUCACAGUUUCCUGCAGGCCCAGCAGAUGAGGGCUGCUCAGCCUCUAGGUAUUCCAGGAUUUGGUGGCCGUCCUCCCUUCCCAUAUGGGCUUCACUACCCGAACAUCAAACAGGCCGAUCUACAGAGGCAGUAUCUACUGGACAUGAUUCCUCGUGCAACAUCGGGCAUGCCGUGGAAACACUGACCUAGCUCCAGACCUAGGUUAUACGUAGGGUGUAUGUUGUUUAGCCUGCGUGUGCGAAUGCAUGGGUGUGUUCUCACAUAGAUAAAUGUCUGAACACUUCAUUCUCUUUGCUGGGCCCUUACAGUGUUUAUACAGUAACAGAGUGCGGCAUUGGAGGCCACUGGAUGGGUGAGGCUGUGGUAGCUGUUCAGCUAAUAGGGAACUGAAUAGAUGUGUAGACAGUGCCAUGACUGCCAAAGACAAACAGUAGGAAGCUGUGUGUGGAAGAACAUUUUUACAGAGACAGCAGUGUGUCAUAGAACUCUUCUUUGAAGUGUAGAUAAGACCAGACACUGUUAGUCUGCUCUGAUUACUUAGACGUUCUCUUCUGUGGGGAAUAAUGGGUAAAAUUUUGCAAGUACAUAAAAUUUAUUGUGUUUUAUUUAUGUCCUUCAUGGUUAGGCAGUUAUCUUGCGUAAAAUAUUUGUCUUUUCUUCACCUGAUUUUCACAGAGACUAGACCUAAAGGAAGGUUACACAGCUGUAUCAAAAGGCAAACGUUUUUUCUGCCUUGUAAUUUUGUUCUUUCUUUUUUUGUUUUGUUUUUGGUUGCCAUAUGUAUUUUUCUUGUGUUGAGAAAGCCAGCAAAGGGAAGCAAAAAGUUUUAUUCCCACUGUCUAGACUGCUUAUUUUUUAUCUAAAAAAAAUGUUAAUUGAAACGUUACCACUUUAAUAUAAUUGUCAAGCUGAAUGCAAGUAGUGGAUGAAACAGUGUUGUAUCAUGGUAUCCAUAAAGUGUGUGAAAGAUUUGAAGCUGUACUGUCAUCACUGCAAAGGCUUCGACUACUUGCAGCAGCCUGUCUUGUCUAUUUCUAGAGUUUUCCCACAAAAGUUCUGAUUUUCAGCUGUAAUUUUGUCAUUUAAAAAAAAAAAAAGAAAAAUCAAAAUGACGAUGUUAAUCUUGUGAAUUAAGUAAAGGAUCUAAGACGUUUUCAUGUAGUGGUGAAUUUUUUUUUUCCUUUUGUGUUUUUGUUUUGAUUGGCAGAUACUGAUACUUCUUGUUCCACAACUGUCAGUGUUGCAGGUCUUUUUCCAUAUAGGUCUGGUUGAUAAUUUUAAAUAGCAAAAUCCUUUUCUCAAAUAAGCAUAAUAACAAUGGCAUUCAUGAUUGGUGUCUUCUAGUGAGCUUGAACCAUUCUUUAGUUAUGCAGAUUUGCAAGGUUACUAAUUGUUUCUGUCGCACAUUUUUAUCCUGCGUCUCCAGCAGUUAAAUUUUUUGUAGCACAGGCUGAAAGUGAGUGUUGUUCACCUAUUAGUGAAGAAAAUAAACAGAAAGGGCUCAUUUGUAUGGACCAAUUCAGGAUGAAGAGUGUUGGGAUUAGGGGAAUUUUUUUUUUUUUUUUUCAUAAAUGAUUUUGAGGGCUUUCAUGUGUGAAGUUUGCACCUUAUUAUUUUGGUGAAAAACUUGAGGGUUGCAUGAACGCAGUUUUCUUCACCACCCACCCACCUCCUUUCUUUUUUUCUUUGCUUUUAUUGAAUAUUACUUAAUGUCAAUGAUCUUUCUUUGCAAUAUUUGAUGUACAAAGAUAGAAAAUGUGGAUCUAAACUAUAAGCACACCACAGUGUGGUUGUGUUUGUGUGUGCGUUUGAGAAUGUGUGUGCUGGCAUGUGCAUGGUCAUGCAUGCACCUGCACCGGUAAAUGGAAAAGUGUAAUAGUCAUAACUUAUCUUUUUUUGAUCACAUGCCAGUGAAACCCACACCUUUGUGUCAUGAGACUUACGACAUGGCUUUGAGCAGCUAAAGGAUGUUUUCAUUCCAAGACAAAGGGAGUAGUUUCAUAUGUAUGUGAUGAAAAAAAAAAUCCUGCUAUGUAUUUGUUACUUCAUUUAGUUUGGAUGAAGUCUGAGUGAAUUUUUUGUGUAGCUAGACUACAGUCUAGUGGUUCACCAUGUAGUCAUGUACAGCCCUAAAACAAUUUUCACAAGAUUUUUUUUUAAACCACAUUUUUGAAGUUAUGCAUGAGUUUUAGUGAUUGUGUAUUGGUCCAUUGUUAAUAAAAUUAUCUAGCGCUGUUAUCAGGAGUCAAUGAAAGUUAUUGAAAGAAAACCUGCAUCAUUUUGGCAGCCAAUCUUAUUUAAAAAACAAAUAAAACUUAUGUGAUUACUUCACAAAUGGUUUACAGUAGUAUGUUAGAGCUGCAUUGCCUAUUCUGGAAAGGUUUUGUUUCUCCUUAUGCUUGAGUUUUUGUCAUCCAUGACUGAUGGAUAACUGCUCUUGGGUAUGCAGACAGAUUUUGCUUAUUGCCACACAUUAGAUUUUGGCCAACCCAACUGUCACCUUUUUUUUUUUAACCCAUUGUUCCCAUGCAUACUAUGUGCCAUCAGUUUCAGUGAAGGUAUCUUGUAUCAUCCAAUUUAGUUUCAGUGAAGAUAUUUUGUAUCAUCUAAUUUAGUUUCAUGCAAUCAUGUAGUGCUCUGCUCUCACUGCACCUUAUUUUAACCUUCAUUUUUUGGCUGGGAAGAGCAUUGCUUCUGUGACCAAAACACCAUCAUGUGUAAUUUGUAUACUUCUAAAAAACUAGACACCUGGCUUUUCUCCAUGUGUGUGUGGGUUUUUUUAAAAUUAAACAAUGUGGACAACACUUAACAGUGAGACAUGUCACUCGCUGCUGUGACAGUUCCCUCCUCCCCCACCACAAUAUCAGAAGGGAAUGAGCUGGAUGGGGGAAGUAUGCUUGUUGCAAAUUGUUCUCGACAUUUGUAUUGACGUGUUUUCAGUAAUAAAUUGCUUGCUAUUU